AUGCAACAGCUCCAAGCUCAGCAAAAGUUGUUUGAAUCUCAACUCGCCCAAAUGGCUAACCCUUCUCCACCACUGCUAUUCCCAUCUCCCCCUCAACCUAACCCAUCCACACAACCUCCACCACAGCACCCAAAACCAAACCAACACACUGCAAAAGCUAUCCACCUAAGAUUAGGGACUCAGUAUGACGACCCUUCAUAUCCAAUUGAUGCACCUUUGGUAAGGGGUGGUGACGAGAAAGGAGUGAAUGUGACUGAGAAAGAAGAGGAACAAGGUGAAAGAUCAAGAGUUGACAGUGAAAGAAGUGAGCCUGCAGAGAUUGAUGAUGAGGAAGAAAAGAAAAAGAGUGAUAAGUCGACGGAAAAUGAAGAAGAAAGGAAGGAGAGGAUUGAGGAGAGAAAAAGGUUAGAUUGCUUGUAUGCUCCCCCACUUCCCUUCCCCUAUAGGAGAGUGGAGAAGCAACUUGAUGAGAAGUUCAACAAAUUUCUAGAGCACUUUCAAAAGAUGGAGAUGAAGAUUUUGUUUCUUGAUGCAAUGGCGCAAAUGCCUAAGUAUGCUAAGUUCUUGAAAGACCUAUUCUCCAACAAGAAGAAGCUUGAGGAAGAAAUAAUCAUGAAGUUGGGAAAUCUUGAACCCAAAGGGGCGCUCGCCGAUCUAGGGGCCUCAAUUAGCCUUAUGCCUCUAUCCAUCGCCAAGAAGCUAUCCUUUAGCCUCAGACCUUCAAGAAAGACAAUCCAAUUGGCAGAUAGGAGCAUAAAGGUUCUAUGUGGAGAGCUUGAUGAUGUACCUAUCCAAGUGGGGGAACUAGUGGUCCCUUGCGACUUUGUAGCGAUGGAGAUGGAAGAAGACCCUUAUACUCUUCUCAUUUUGGGAAGAGCUGUCUUAAAAACAUUUCGGGCGGUUAUUAAUUGCCAUGAUGACACCAUAACGGUGGAAGUAGCCCAGGUGAAGGUUGUGUUCAAAAUUUCCCAAAUCUUGAAGAAACCUAUGGUUGAACAAGUGUGCCGCCUUGAAGAUGCUGAUAGAAAAUUUGAGAAAUAUCAGAGGGAAAUUGGAAUCGGGUAUUCAGAUUGUGAUGAGGUUUCUUAUGAAGAAGAUGAGGAGUUGGAGGAACAAGUGGGAAUGACCCGGGAAUGUGCAUGCAAAGAAGCUGAAUUUGAGCCACUAUGUGAGGUUAAGGAGGGUAUUGUCUACAAGGGGGAGAGUUCCAUGCCUGCCCCCAAGGUAAGUUUGAAACCCCUACCCCUUAGCCUUAAAUAUGCUUAUCUUGAUGUUGAUGAGGGGAGUCCAGUCAUAGUGAGUUAUGAGCUUGAUAACACCUCGUUGGAAAAAUUGCUUGUUUUACUUAGAAAAUAUCGAAGUGUCAUUAGAUACUCACUUGAUGAUAUUAAGAGGAUUAGUCCAACCCUCUUUAUGCACCGGAUUCAUCUUGAUGAUGAGCAUUUCUUCACGAUUGAGCCACAAAGGAGGCUAAACCCCAACAUGAAAGAGGUAGUUAAGGAUGAGAUCCUCAAACUCCUCAAGGCUGACAUCAUCUACUCUUUCAGAUAG